GGUCUGUGGCCGCGAGCCCGUCCCCAUCCCCCAGAGCCAUAUUACUUUGGCUUAGAAAUCGCCAGAUCUGCGAUUACAGCUCUCUGUUUUUCUCGGGAUCGAAAAAACUAGCCUUACCACCUGCGAGAGGUCAAGCCCCUGCUGUUCUCUCACUUCGCAAGAAGAGAGGGGAUCUUUCAUUGCACUAUAAUCUUAAUGUUUCUUUUCCUUUUGUUUCCCACCUAGUAGAAUACUUAAAAAUCAAGGUUAGGCAGCCCCUUACUAUCAUUGUUAUUGCCAAGGUAGUUUGUGGCUAUUGUAAAGACCAAAAGUAAAAAGAUACUAGUAAUAACUUUGUGAAAACUUUUUGUCAAAGUAAAAUACACCAACAAGAUUUAAAAUCAAGUGACAGAGAAAUGUCUCUGUCAUAAUGAAAAGACAUUUUCCUGCCUUAUCUUUUCCCAUUCUGUCUUUUUCCCUGAAGUAACUGCACUUAACCAUAAUAAUAAAAGUUAUUAAUAAUCUCUUAAUGCUCAUCUCUUCUUGAUACAAUAAUUUGACUUUAUUUCCUCCUAUUCCUUCACCUUCUUAUUACAGUGUCUUCAUACUUUAUUAUGAGUUGUAAAAAUCAUGGUUAUUGUGAAAUGUAUAAAUGUUUUGAAACUAGUGUGGAUUUUUUUGUGCGAAUAAUUUCUAGCUAAUGUUUUUUAGCAGAGUUUAGGCAUCUGUUUUUGGUGAAGUGAUUAGAAUUUCAAACACUGUCUUCACGGAUUAACUUCAGAUGCGAUUACUUGCAGUCAGAGAAGGAAACCGCAGCCUGGCAUUCGCACUGGCUUUCUACCUGCCAUGAUCAAGUGCCUGUCCAAUGAAGUACGAGCCAAACUGCGUUCUGGUUUGGCUGUAUGCUCCUUAGGCCAGUGUGUGGAGGAGCUCGCCCUCAACAGUAUUGAUGCUGAAGCAAAAUGUGUGGCUGUGAGAGUGAAUGUGGAAACCUUCCAAGUUCAAGUGAUAGACAAUGGAUUUGGGGUAGGGAGCGAUGACAUAGACAAGGUGGGAAAUCGUUAUUUUACUAGUAAAUGCAACUCUCUACAGGACUUGGAGAACCCGAGGUUUUAUGGUUUUCGAGGGGAGGCCUUGGCCAGUAUAUCGAACAUGGCCAGCGCUGUGGAAAUUUCAUCCAAGAAAAACGGGACAAUGAAAACUUUUGUGAAACUGUUUCAGAAUGGAAAAGCCCUGAAAGCUUGUGAAGCUGACUUGAUUAGGCCAAGUGCUGGGACCACAGUAACAGUGUACAACCUGUUUUAUCAGUUACCUGUAAGGAGGAAACGCAUGGAUCCUCGACUGGAGUUCGAGAAGGUUCGGCAGAGGAUAGAAGCUCUCUCACUCAUGCAUCCUUCUGUUUCUUUCUCUUUGAGAAAUGAUGUUUCCGGUUCCAUGAUUCUUCAACUCCCUAAAACCAAAGACAUCUGUUCCCGGUUUUGUCAAAUUUAUGGACUAGGUAAGUCCCAAAAAUUAAGAGAAAUAAAUUUUAAAUAUAAGGAGUUUGAGCUUAGUGGCUACAUCAGCUCAGAAGCCCAUUACAAUAAGAAUAUGCAGUUUUUGUUUGUGAACAAAAGGCUGAUUUUAAGGACGAAGUUGCAUAAACUCAUCGACUUUUUAUUAAGGAAAGAAAGUGUCAUAUGCAAGCCAAAAACUGGCUCUGCCAGCAGGCAUGUGAAUUCAAGUCCUCGGCCUCGGUCUAGCCCAGAACUCUAUGGGAUAUAUGUAAUCAACGUGCAGUGCCAGUUCUGUGAAUAUGAUGUCUGCAUAGAGCCUGCAAAAACUUUGAUUGAGUUUCAGAACUGGGAUACAGUUUUGGUUUGCAUUCAGGAAGGAAUGAAGAAGUUUUUAGAGAAAGAAAAAUUGUUUGUGGAAUUAUCAGGUGAGGACAUUAAGGAAUUUAGUGAAGAUAAUGAUUUUAGUAUACUUAGUGCUACUCUUCAGAAGCAUGUGUCCUCUGACGAGAAGUGUGACCAGGUAAGUUUCCAAGAAGCAUGUAAUAAUAUUUUGGAUUCCUAUGAAAUGUUUAAUUUGCAAUCAAAAGCUGUAAAAAGAAAAGCUAUAGAAAACAUAAACACACAGAAUUCUGGGGAUUCAGAAACUAUCAGAAAAAGGACAAAUGAUUCAUUUUUGUAUAUGUAUGGAUCAGAUGGCCCAGGUUGUAGUGAAAUGACAGAGUCAACUUUACAAAACAAAGAUAACUCUUGCUCAGAAUCAAGCAUCUUAGAACAAGAGAAAGCUGAAGCGUCAGAGUCGAGAGAAAAUGCAAAACAUAAAAAAUCUUGCUUGGAACUUAACUCUUCAGAAAAUCCAUGUGGAACCGGUUUAGAAAUGUUCACAAGCCCUUUUCAGACAUUAGAUUGCUUUGAAGAGAAUGGAGAAGAUCUAGAAAUACAGAAAGUAGGUACUACUGUUAAUGGCAUGGCUGCUGACAUCCCGAAAAAGAAGAGAAUUGAGAAUCAACUAGAGACAUUUAAAGGUGCUGCUGAAAUUGGAUGCCAGCCUCUUCAUUUUGAGACAGCAUCACUGAGAGUACAUGGUGCUCAGUGGGAGGAAGAGAAAAGAAAAAAAGAACCUGGUAAUUGUGGAGGAAUAAAUGUUUUUAGUUAUGGGCAAAUUAAAUUAUGUUCCACUGGCUUUAUAACUCAUGUAGUACAGAGUGAGCAAACUAAACCAGCUGAAACAGAACAUGUAUUUAAAAAUUGUGUCCAGCCUGGUCCUGCGAGUGCCAAAGAAACAUUUGGAAGUAGAGCAUGCCAUUCCGUUGAGACUCCAAACAGCAAAGAUUUCACCAGUGCUUUAAGUAAAGAAUUUGUUCAACUGCCCAACAGAAAAUUAUGCAGAACAAAUAUAAGUUAUAGGCUAGAGAACAAACCUAUACCAAAAACUGCAUAUUCUUGGUGUAAUGGUAAUAAAAGAAAAGGUGAGUUAAUUGGCUCCUCCAGACCCAUAGCCCCUAAGAAGCUAAGCUUAAAUUCACAACUAGGGUCUUUGGAAAAGUUUAAGAGGCAGUACGGGAAGGUUAAAAAUCCUCUAAAUGCCGAAGUGGAGGAACAUGAUAAUUUUGAAAUCACUACCAAUCUCAGUCCUCCGAUUGAACCUGACAUUCCACAGAGAGGCAGAAACCACUUAGACAACUGUGAUCCAUGUGAAGUCACUGCUGUGAGACACAGUGAUUCAAAUAGUAGUUGUCAACCAGAAAGUCACAUCCUGUAUUCAGAAAACUCGCUGUUCUCCAAGGAUGAAGACUGUUUGGAACAACAGAUGCCUUGCUUCAGAGAAAGUUCUGUGACACUAAGGGAUCUACCUCAUUUUAAUGGAAAACCUUUGGUUGUUGAGAAGUCAUCUGAAUCACUAGCCUGUAAAUUAUCCAGAAUGAAAGGUUCUGAAAGAGAAACUCAAGCAGUGGAGAUGAUGAGUCAUUUUCUUGAACUUCCACAAUCAGAUUCCAGUAAGAAAGACAGUGACUUGUACAAUGGGUUAUCCCUGGAUUCUUGUAUAUUAUUUAAAAAUGAGCUUAAAAAAACAGAGAGUGUCAUUAUCCCAAUGUCAGACUCUGUCACACAGGAUAAGUCCUUCAAUAAAGAUAAUGAAACAUACUCUAAUAACAGUACAACAGAGAACUCUGUGAUAUCAGAAACAAAUUUGGUAUUACCCUAUAAUAAUCCUGCAGUUAAUAAUAAAGAUUCAGAUGUUCUUACAGCUUCAGAACAACAGGUGGGAAGUCCUAAAUCUCCCAGUGGAGUGUUAGUGAAUCGCACAGACAAUUCCACAGCCAACCCAAAUGGAACUUGUGUUCAGAGUGAGGAAUCUAUAGUGAGGACUCAUUCUGAAAACGAAGAGUCAAAUGCAUGUUCUUUGGAUUGGCAGCAGCAUUUUGAUGUAGCUCUUGGAAGAAUGGUUUAUAUCAACAAACUAACUGGACUUAGCACAUUCAUCGCUCCUACUGAGGACGCCCGGGCUGCAUGCACGCAGGACCUGACGACCGUGGCUGUGGACGUGGUACUCGACAACGGGUCUCAGUACAGGUGCCAUCCUUUUAGAAGCGACCUUGUUCUUCCUUUUCUUCCUAGAGCUCGGGAAGAGAGCACUUUGAUGAGACAGCAUAACAGAGGUACUGUGGAGGACGCUGUCGGCAGAGAGUCACUUCGGUCUCUGUUCUCGGAAUGGGACAACCCAGUGUUUGCCCGUUAUCCAGAGGUGGCCGUGGACGCACGCAGCGGGCAGGCCGGAAGCCUGGCGGUUCAAGUCCACAACGUCUUGUACCCUUACCGUUUCACCAGAGACAUGAUCCAUUCGGUGCAGGUUCUCCAGCAAGUGGAUAAAAAGUUUAUUGCCUGUGUAAUGAACACGAAGAUGGAAGAGAAUGGUGAGGCAGUGGGGGGAAGCCGGGCAAGUACAACUGGAGUGAGAGCAAGAAGAUGAGGCCAGAUCUCAAAUGCCAAGUUCAAGUUUCUCUUUGUCCCAGUACCAACUGGAAACAGUUGAAAGCUUUCUGUUUUCUUUUUUUACUGUCUUUCUGAUGUUAUUUUUGCGGUGGCUCAUGUUACAUCAUAUUGGUGUUUUAAAAAUAUUGCUCUGGGUGCAGUAUGGAGAAGGAUCGGGCGUGGGGGUGCAGUCCCAGUCACUGCAGAGAGCCUAUCAGGAGGACACUGCAGUGCAGCUGGGACCAGGGUGGACUAGAGGGGAGUGAGUGCUUUGGAGAGAGAUCAAGGAGGUAAAGCCAACAGGUUUGGUUGUGGGUUGGGUAUAUGGAAGAUGUAUCUACGAUGACUCCUGGUUUUCUUUUUUUAAAAAUAUAUUUUAUUGAUUAUGCCAUUACACUGGUUCUAUUUCCCCCUUUCAUUCCCCUCCACCCUGCACACCCCUCCCCCACCAUUCCCCCCUUUAGUUUAUGACCCCGUGUCUCAAGUUCUUUAGAUUCUAUAUUUCCCAUACUAUUCUUGCCCUCCCCCUAUCUAUUUUCUACCUACUGUCUAUGCUACUUAUUUUAUGUACCUUCUCCCACUCCCCUGUUGCUAACCCUCCAUGUGAUCUUCAUUUCCAUGGUUCUGCUCCUGAUAUAGCUGUCCUCUUAGUUUGCUUUUGUUUUAGGUGUAGUUCUUAGUAACUGUGAGUUUGCUGUCCUUUCACUGUUCAUCUUUCUGAUGUCUGUAACUGAGUAGAUGAUGUUGUAGGAAAUCGUGAGGUUGGAUGAGAAGCAGGCAGAGAGAGAAAAUCAUGAGUUCAGUCUGCAAUCCGGUUGAAAUGUUCAAGAAGAGAUGUCAAGAAUAUGGUUGGAUUUUACAGGUUUGGGACUUGAUGAAAAGCAUUCUGAUAUGGAGAUGUAAAUCUGAGUUGUCAGCAGAAGGUUGGUCACUGAAGUCACCAGUGUAACUUAACUAGAAAAAGAGUGAAGGGUAACGGAGAGAGAUGCUGAAUCUAGAAUAAUUCUAACUUUUAAAACCUAGUCAGGAAAGGGUAAACCAGCAAAAGAGGUUGUUCAGGAAGAACUAGAGGAAUAGGAAGAAAGUAGACAAAAGCUGUGUUGCGAAGCCAAGACUUCAUAUAAAUGCCGCCAUGAGGUUAAGUAAGAUGAGGGCCAAAAUGAUCUGCACAGUUUUGUGACAGUGGAAGUCAGGUGGGAACUGUUUCAGGUGGGAACUGUUUCAGGUAGGAACUGUUUCAGAGAAGAGCUGGGGGCUGCUGACUCUCAGAGACUGCAAGGAGAAAGACUCCAAGGAGAGAGACUCCAAAAUCUCUGACAUGGCAGAGAGAGACUAAAAGAGGGUGAGGGCAAGAGGAGGCUUUUUUCUUUUUUCCCUUUAGACUGGGAGGCUCCUGAGCACUUUGACAAUGCUGGAUACCAUAAGGUUCCAGAAGAGGCCUGAGUGGCAGAGAGCCCGCAGCACAAGUGGGCGUGCUGGCUCCAGUUUGGGGGGGGCCUGCAGGCAAGUGCUUCUGAAGUUCAAAAGCAGUUCAUUCUCUUUGUAUUUCAAAAUAUUUCCUUUUGUCAUGUUUACAAUGUAGGCUUUUCUAAUAAAUGCCAUGGUAGACCAAAGGCAAGUUAACCAAAAUGUUGUCAUAAUUAUCAUAAGUAUGGAAUUAGUGAAGGUCAAAUUAUAGUAUUACUGUCCCUAGAAAAUGAAUAGAUUUUAUUCUAAAGCUUUGAUUCUCUGGAAUUCUUUGUUAAAAUAUCCAAAUCUCAACUAAUGGCAUCUGAGAUGGGUGUAGCUGCAAAAUCUAUAAAUGUUCAAAGAAGUAAAAGAGACGCGUCUAAAUUUCUCUUAAGAUUCUAUAUUAUCAUUGUAUUGGUUAGCUGCCACCAAAGGGUGCUCUUAGAUAAAUCCAUUUUUCUAAAUCAAAAUGUGUUUUUACUGCUGCUUAUGCAUAUGAAAGGCAACCUAUUCCUAUAAUGAGCUGACUUGUAUCUUAAUAUCUGCACAUAUUUUUGUAAUGGACAAAUAUAUUAUUUAAAUUACACUGAAAUUGUUGUCAUAUAUUGGCAUUUUUUACUGAACGCUUCCACCUACAGUAAAAUAACGUGUUCAGUUAUGAUAAAAGAAUAAGGACUCGUUCAUUUAUUCUGUAAGUCAAUAUUGAGUGCCUUUUACAUACCUGAUGACUGUCACACAUGCCGGAAAUACACCAGAUAGGAACCCCUGCCCGGCUUCCAGCAUUAGUAAGUUACUCUGAUAUAUUCUGCAUCAUUCAAGGAGUGAAAAAGGUCGUGAACACUUUGUAAACCAUAAACCAUUCCUCCGGAGUCAGGGACAGGAUUGGCUCUUUCGGGGUCACGGACUCUUGGUAAUUCACAUUGGCUCUAGUUUCAAAUGCGAGGUCACUCCCUCACGAUUCAUUAUUUAUUCCAUUGUCUUGCCCAACACAGGAUGUUCAGUAUUCAUCACCACCAGCUGCAACUGCUUCUAUUCUCAGAGGAGCUUAACGGUCAGCAUGCUGGGGCCUGCUCCUGUGGUCGAACAUGCUGUCAGAAAAAUUAUUUCCUUUUUUUCUUUAAAUCUUAAGCUCUCAUGCCAUGAAUUUGAUAAUGUCAGAGAAAUAAUUUUUUAGUAGAAACAGGGAAAGCAGGCAUUAUCUAUUUUGAUCAAAUUCAAGAGAACUUUUAUUUCAGUAUAAUCAGUAGCAAUAAACCUCAGCUUUUUGGCCAAGAGUAUUAAAAUUACAAGCUAAAAAGAUGUAGUGAUGUAAGUGAGAAUCAGUCCUGCUGUCAGUAAGAAAAAGAUCAGUUUUGGCUUUCAGGGCCGGGACAUUCUGCCUCCUCUCUUGCACUUGAACGCCUAAAGCCUUUCUACUCAAAGUCUGUAGUUUGAGUAGAAACAGUUUGGAGUUUAUUAGAAGUGCAUAAGUUCGAGUCCCACCCCUACCUCACUGAAUCAGAAGCUGCAUUCUAACAAGAUCUCCAGGUGAUCGGGGUGCCUGUCAAAGUAUGGGAAGCCUGACUCUGAAUCAGGGCAGCCCAUGGCCAAUGGGCCGGCUCCCAGCAUUGCCUGUGCUUUUACUGCCAGGUAGAGAGCAGUCAGUGGUUUUUACAUUUUUGAGUGGUGGGGAAAAAAGCAAAAAAAAAUAAAAAUAAAAAUCUUGAUAUAUUAAAAUUACACAUAUGUAGAGUUUUAUGGGAACAUAGCUAUAAUAUUCACAUGUUGUCUGUGGCUGCUUUGGUUCAAAAUGGAGAGUUGAGUAGUUGUGACAGGAACCAUGUGUCUCAAAAGCCUGAAAUAUUUACUCUCUGGCCCUUCACAGAAAAAAACAUUCUGACCUGUGGUCCAGAACGUAGUAGGGUUACAUUCUUCAUCGGUUCCAGCACAGCUUGCAGAUCAAGCCUAGCUGAUUAUAAUUAUGUAUUGUUUAAUGAUCCUUCAUUGUACCAAAUUUUAAUUAAUAAAGCAAAACCAGUAUUUAAAGAUUAAAAUGUGAGGCAUUAACCUUGUUUUAUAAAUGAAAUACUAAUGAACUAAAGAGUUUUUCAUCAGAGAUAAUUUGUUGUAUUAUUCCCCAUAAUUUCGUUUUUUUAGGAAAUAAAAUAUACAGUUGUUACUACUCAGUAUGUUUCUCUUUUCCUCACCUCAUUAAGUGGUUUGAACUAACCUUUUUCUCCCUCAACACAUGAUUAUUUUAAUCUUGCUCGGCUCAUUUGACA